CUAUAAAGUUGCAGGGAGAGACAGAGGCAGCAGCUGCUCUGCUCAGAUCUUCCCCAGCCUCACCAUGAGGGAGUGCAUUUCCAUCCACAUCGGGCAGGCCGGAGUGCAGAUGGGCAAUGCCUGCUGGGAGCUCUACUGCCUGGAGCACGGCAUCCAGGCUGACGGGACCAUUCCCAGCUCCAAGCAGGUGAAAUCCAUGGAUCCCAACUCCGAGCAAGUGGAUUCCUCCUUCGAGACCUUCUUCUGUGAGACAGCUUCUGGCAAGCACGUGCCCCGGGCAGUGUUCAUUGACCUGGAGCCCACUGUCAUUGAUGAGAUCAGGACUGGGCCCUACCACGGGCUCUUCCACCCGGAGCAGCUCAUCAGUGGCAAGGAGGACGCUGCCAACAACUACGCCCGCGGCCACUACACCAUCGGCAAGGAGAUCAUCGACACCGUGCUCAGCAGGAUCCGCAAAAUGGCUGACCAGUGCAGUGGACUCCAAGGCUUCCUGGUCUUCCACAGCUUCGGAGGAGGCACCGGCUCCGGCUUCACCUCGCUGCUGAUGGAGCGGCUCUCCGUGGAGUACAGCAAGAAAUCCAAGCUGGAAUUCUCGGUGUACCCGGCCCCGCAGGUGUCCACGGCCGUGGUGGAGCCCUACAACUCCAUCCUGACCACGCACACCACGCUGGAGCACUCGGACUGCUCCUUCAUGGUGGACAACGAGGCCAUCUACGACAUCUGCCACCGCAACCUGGACAUCGAGCGCCCCACCUACACCAACCUCAACAGGCUGAUCGGCCAGAUCGUGUCCUCGGUCACGGCCUCGCUGCGCUUCAACGGCGCCCUCAACGUGGACCUGAUCGAGUUCCAGACCAACCUGGUGCCCUACCCGCGCAUCCACUUCCCGCUCACCACCUACGCGCCCAUCGUCUCGGCGGAGAAGGCCUACCACGAGCAGCUCUCCGUGCCCGAGAUCACCAACGCCUGCUUCGAGUUCUCCAACCAGAUGGUCAAGUGCGACCCUCGCCGCGGCAAGUACAUGGCCUGCUGCCUGCUCUACCGCGGCGACGUGGUGCCCAAGGACGUCAACGCCGCCAUCGCCGCCAUCAAGACGCGCCGCUCCAUCCAGUUCGUGGACUGGUGCCCCACCGGUUUCAAGGUGGGCAUCAACUACCAGCCGCCCACGGUGGUGCCCGGCGGCGACCUGGCCAAGGUGCAGAGGGCCGUGUGCAUGCUGAGCAACACCACGGCCAUCGCCGAGGCCUGGGCCCGCCUGGACCACAAGUUCGACCUGAUGUACGCCAAGAGGGCCUUCGUGCACUGGUACGUGGGGGAGGGCAUGGAGGAGGGCGAGUUCUCCGAGGCCAGGGAGGACCUGGCGGCCCUGGAGAAGGAUUACGAGGAGGUUGGAAGGGACUCGGCGGACGGGGAGGAGGAGGAGGAGGGGGAGGAGGAUGAGUACUGACAGACUUGAGCUCAGCUGGAGUCCAGACUUGUGUGCCGAGUGCCCGAGGGCCGGCCGUGUUUGAUGCGUUGAACCUCCCCUGCUUGCGUAGUCGGGGCUCGCAGAGCUCCUCUCUAGCCUGGGUGUCUUGAGCUUUAUCCCACUGCUGUUUAUUGGUGAGUGAGCUGAGUCGGGCCUAACUUAGGCCUGACAUCCCGCCUAGCCAGGAGGUCCCGGUUCCUAAUCCGGGGAAUGUCGCGGGCUGCCUGCUUUGCCUGGAAUGGCAACAAACUCUCGCUCUGGCUUUUUUGGUGUAAAAGCACUUUGGAAUCAGACAUGCACCUGUAAACUUCUAUGCAAAUGGCUUUUUGUAUGUGAAUAAAGAGGGUUUGUUUGGCUCGGAA